AUGAAAGAUGUGAAAAAGAAGUGUGGGAUGGAUGAGGAAUGGUAUGUGGAUCCAGUAGGUAGAAGUGGUGGGAUGGCCUUAUGGUGGAAAAAAGAAGUUGUGAUAAACGCCUGGCAUAGUUCACGCAAUAUAAUUCACACAAGCAUGAACUCCACAGUGCUAGAUGUCCCUGACUUUGUUACGUAUGUUUAUGGUGCCCCUCGAGAUGAAGAUAAGGAGAAGGUGUGGGAAGACUUGAGACGUAUUGCAGGGGGAGUAACAGGAUCUUGGCUGUGCGUGGGAGACUUUAAUGACAUGGUUUCUUGUUUUGAAAAGUUUGGCAGCAGACCUAUUGAUCUGAGAAGAACAUUAAAUUUUCAGAGAAUGCUAUCUGAUUGUGGGUUGAUUGACCUGAAUUUCAAUGGGGCGCCUUACACCUGGAACAAUAAAAGAUUGGGGGAAGCUCAUGUGAAAGAAAGAAUAGACAGGGCUACGGCAAAUGUGGAAUUCAGAGAGAAAUUUCAGAAUGCACUAGUCAUCCAUAUCGAACCUGUGGGAUCUGAUCACCAUAUGCUUAGUGUUGAAUGUGAAUAUAAGCAUUCAAGGGUCCCUAAAGCUUUCAGGUUUGAAGCAUUUUGGAUUGAACAUGAAGAUUUUUUGAAAGUAGUAAGGGAAGGAUGGUAG